AUGGAGCUCCACAGAAGAUGCGAAAGUAACCCCAAACCUUCAGGAGAAACUGGGGGUUCUUCACUCUUUCCCAAAAGGCCAGGUAUAGCCAGGGCGGCAGCAAUGCAAGCUUCCCCACAAUGUCCCACCAACCUUCCUCAACCCAGUUCUGAAGAAGUCACUUCUGGAGCUGAUAUUAUUUCUACAGUUGAGUUCAACCACACUGGAGAACUGCUGGCUACUGGUGACAAGGGGGGUCGGGUUGUUAUAUUCCAAAGGGAACCUGAGAGUAAAAAUGAGCCUUACAAUCAGGGGGAGUACAAUGUUUACAGCACUUUCCAGAGCCAUGAACCUGAAUUUGAUUAUUUGAAGAGCUUGGAGAUAGAAGAAAAAAUAAACAAGAUCAAGUGGUUGCCACAGCAAAAUGCAGCCCACUCACUCUUAUCAACAAAUGAUAAAACAAUCAAAUUAUGGAAAAUUACUGAAAGAGAUAAGAGACCAGAGGGGUACAACUUAAAAGAUGAGGAAGGAAAGCUUAAAGAUCUUUCUACAGUAACAUCACUGCAGGUGCCUGUACUGAAACCUAUGGAUUUGAUGGUAGAAGUCACUCCCCGGAGGAUCUUUGCUAAUGGUCACACCUAUCAUGUCAACUCAAUAUCUGUCAACAGUGACUGUGAGACAUACAUGUCAGCUGAUGAUCUCAGGAUUAACCUCUGGCAUUUAGCAAUCACAGACAGGAGCUUCAACAUUGUAGAUAUCAAGCCAGCCAACAUGGAGGACCUGACAGAAGUGAUCACAGCCUCAGAGUUUCAUCCCCAUCACUGCAAUCUCUUUGUCUACAGCAGCAGCAAAGGAUCCCUGAGACUCUGUGACAUGAGGGCAUCAGCUCUCUGUGACAAGCAUUCCAAGCUUUAUGAAGAACCAGAAGACCCCAGCAACAGAUCGUUUUUCUCAGAAAUUAUCUCUUCAGUGUCAGAUGUCAAAUUCAGUCACAGUGGGAGAUACAUGCUGACAAGGGAUUACCUCACUGUCAAGGUUUGGGAUCUGAACAUGGAAACAAAGCCCGUGGAAACAUACCAGGUCCAUGAUUACCUUAGGAGCAAGUUGUGCUCUCUCUAUGAAAACGACUGCAUCUUUGACAAGUUUGAAUGUGCAUGGAAUGGAUCAGACAGUGUGAUAAUGACCGGUGCUUACAACAACUUCUUCCGAAUGUUUGACCGGAACACCAAGCGGGAUGUUACCCUGGAGGCAUCCCGGGAGAGCAGCAAACCCCGAGCGGUUCUCAAGCCCCGGCGGGUCUGUGUGGGAGGCAAACGGAGGAAAGACGACAUCAGCGUUGAUAGCUUGGACUUUACAAAGAAGAUCUUGCACACAGCCUGGCACCCAACUGAGAACAUCAUUGCUAUAGCAGCGACAAACAAUCUGUACAUAUUUCAGGAUAAAGUGAACUCAGAAAUGCACUAGGUUUCUCAAUGCCCCCUCUAGAUUUACAAACCA